UCCACAAAAACCUCUAAGUCUCUUCACUUUGGAAAUUUCCUUUCUAAUUAUGUCACAGCUUUCAUAUUACAGGAGGAGAAUUUCCAGCAGUUGAUAAAUUUUUUGGGGGCCUCCUGUAAGUAAAAUUGGGAGUGAAAUUUAGGGUUUUUCUUUAGGAUGAGUGAGUUCUUAAGCUCAAUCCCUUUAUCCUCUUCUCUUUGUGGCUCAAAGUUCGGAACUUUAUCUAGUAAGUUGAGACCAAACAAUGCAAAUAUUAGAAAUGGCAAGUUACAGCUUUUUAUGUGCAGUUUUAAACCCAACACAAGCAAAAAUGGCAGCCAGAAUCAGGACAUGUUUGGUGAAUUGGAGUUCAAGGAAAAGGUUGGUAUGAACUCUUCUACUGUUGAAAAUGGAAGAGAAAUUGUUGAAUUGAGGGAAGAGAAGAAGGGCCAAAAGAGUGAAGAUGAGAAUAGUGUUGGUUUAGAAAGACCAAGGUUGAGGAGAGGAAAACAAUUGAUGAGGAGAUCCAAUAUGUUAGCAAAGCAAGUCAUCAGUAUUCAAUCUGCCGUUUCUUUAGGUUAUGUCUCUCAACUUUGGGUGGACACAACUUCUUGGGUUGUAUUGGUAGUUGAAGUGAGGCCAAACUUGCUUUCUGGUGAAUCAGAAAGGUUUCUUCUUGAAGAUGUUAGCCAGGUUGGUGAUGUUGUGCUUGUCGAGGAUGAGACAGUAACAGAAAAAGAUUUCAAAAUGGUUGGACUUGAUACAUUGGUAGGAUACAGAGUUGUAACUCCAGGUAAGCGGAACAUUGGGAAGGUGCGAGGAUACACUUUCAACAUUAAUUCAGGGUCUGUUGAAUCACUGGAGCUCGAUUCAUUUGGGAUAUCGAUUAUUCCAUCAAGUUUGGUUAGUACUUAUGCUUUGCACGUAGAAGAUGUGCUCCAAGUUAUAGCUGACACGAUUGUUGUUCACGAAGCUGCAGCCUCGCAUAUACAAAGGCUAACAAAGGGUAUUUGGGACAGCCAGAAUCCGGGAACUUUGACAGAUGAACUUGGAGAAUAUGCAGACUUUGAAAGGCCUGGUAAAUUUGAUGAUGAUCGUCGCACGCCGAGAGGUUUCAGCAGGAAGAAAUCCCAUCCAAAGAUGAGAGAAGAAGCAGAGGAUGAUUGGGAGCUUCCAAUGGAUUACUUAUGACCCUCCUCCCACUCCUCAUCAGAGCUUUUUUCACAUUUCACUCUUUCCUUUUACUUGUAGAUAUCUGCUUCCCUCCCCGCAAAUCCUAUGCCCUUUUGCUGUUGUGUAAAUAUGAACUGCUUUAUUCAAGUUUACGUUUUUAAUAAACUGCUUUAUUAAAUUGUUAA